GUGUAGCGUCGCCGUCAUUGUGUGGAGGUGGGUUGCCGAGCUGCUCUUCUUUACUGCGAAAAUGCCGGAGUUAGCGGUGGAAAACGUGGUCGUUCACCCCCUGGUGCUGCUCAGCGUGGUGGAUCACUUUAACAGGAUAGGAAAGGUUGGCAAUCAGAAGCGAGUGGUUGGUGUCCUUCUGGGGUCGUGGCAUAAAAAAGUUCUCGAUGUCUCGAACAGUUUUGCAGUGCCGUUUGAUGAGGAUGACCGGGAUGACUCAGUGUGGUUCCUGGAUCAUGACUACUUGGAGAACAUGUACGGCAUGUUCAAGAAAGUUAAUGCCAGAGAAAGAAUAGUCGGAUGGUACCACACAGGACCCAAGUUACAUAAGAAUGACAUUGCCAUCAAUGAACUCGUCAAGCAGUACUGUACUAAUUCGGUGUUAGUCAUUAUAGAUGUGAAGCCCAAGGAUCUUGGUCUUCCCACAGAAGCAUACAUCUCUGUGGAGGAAAUACACGAUGAUGGCACUCCAACAUCCAAGACAUUUGAACACGUCACCAGUGAGAUUGGAGCUGAGGAAGCAGAGGAAGUGGGUGUGGAGCAUCUGCUCAGAGAUAUCAAGGAUACCACAGUCGGCACUCUGUCGCAACGCAUCACAAAUCAGGUUCAUGGCCUGAAGGGACUCAACUCAAAGCUGCUGGAAAUCCGCUCUUACCUGGAGAGAGUGACAGCCGGAAAACUUCCCAUCAACCACCAGAUCAUCUACCAGCUGCAGGAUGUCUUCAACUUGCUGCCAGAUGUAAAUCUACUGGAGUUCACAAAAGCCUUCUACCUUAAGACCAACGACCAGAUGCUGGUGGUCUACCUGGCCUCGCUCAUUCGCUCCGUGGUGGCUCUGCACAACCUCAUCAACAACAAGAUUUCCAACCGAGACGCAGAAAAGAAGGAAGGACAGGAAAAGGAGGAAGGCAAGAAAGAGAAGAAGGAUGACAAGGAGAAAAAAGAUGACAAAGACAAAGAGAAGGAGAAGGAGAAAGCAGAUGGUGCCAAGAAAGAUGAGAAGAAGAAGAAAUAAGCGUACUUCUUUUAGGGUCUUCUUGUAAAUCACACCAUCUUCAUCUGGAUACUGAUCUACUUUCUGCCCACAGUCACAGCUCUAUGUGGGUCUCAGGCUAAAAGUAGGUGUCUAUAUGGGGAAUAGUGUCAUUUGAGAUUUGGCCUCACCAUCACAAGUGGCACUCAUAAAGACUGUUAUUAUCGUACAGAGAUGAUGUUUGCGUCUUUGGUCUUCUGAACUAUGAGAACACGCUCCUGGUGUGGUAAAACACCUGGUAUUGCUUUUUUUGUAAUAUGGAAAAAAAUGUUUUGUUUCUGUUUAACUCAUUAAAUCUGAAUCAUAUUAAAAA